AUGUUCGGUGACUCCAUCACGGAGUUCGCCUUCAAUGAACUUCCACCCGCCUUUGGAAAAAACGUUCAAUUCACAUUGGGUGCUGCUCUUUCCAAUGCCUAUACUCGAAAAUUGCAGGUGGUGCAAAGAGGUUUCUCUGGUUAUACUUCCAAACAUGCUAUCAGAUUGGUAGAUUCUAUGCUUCGUUUUGAACACGACCAGAGACCCGACGCAGAGAAAGUACGUAUUGCCUUCGUCUUUUUUGGUACCAAUGAUGCCCGUGCAAAGGGUACCAAUCCGGAAAAUACCCAGCACGUUGAUAUAGAUGAUUAUGUCAGCAACAUGAAAAAUAUCACUCGGAAAUUCCAAAAGCGGAAAAUCCCACUUGUUGUAAUUACCCCGGGUCUUCACAACCAAAAGAUGUGGGAUGAAGUGUAUCCAGAAGAUCUACAAACGGGAGACUAUAGAAGCUGUCAGCUCAACUUGGAGUAUUCAGAUGCCGUGGCAAAAGAAUGUCUGCAAAUGGGCGUUCCUGUGGUUCAUUUAUAUAGCGCGAUGAGUAAAUAUCUUUCUGAGCAUACAGGAGAAACUUCCAAGGAUUUAUUGGCUGAUGGCAUUCACAUGAGUGGAAUGGGAUAUCGCAUUAUAUACGAUGAGUUGAUGAGACAGAUCCACCAAAAUUUCCCUGAAGUCUAUCCUGACAACAUCGCAACCAAAUUCCCGCCUUGGCGUCUCAUAGCAGAAGGCACUGAUUUUGAGGAGCAUUAG